CUUUAAUGGAACGUUUACCAGUCACACUGCAGACACAAGUACUCUUUUCUGGUUUCUGUGACGGUCUACUCGCACAUCUAUGCAAUGCAUGAUUACUAUAAUGAAGGUCUUGCUGUGCAACAGGUUUAAGUGUUCACUGGAGAGUUUUGUUUGCGGUUCAUGUCUCAUGUGGGACUGGGAGUAACGGCGAUCAUCUUCGACACAAAGAACUACAGUACAUGAGUCCAUCUGAGUGAGACUGAAGAGAUGGCUGCAGGGGAAUCCUCUACUUAUGUGAGGAUUGUGCUGCUGGGGAACAGAGAAGCUGGGAAGAGUUCAGCAGGAAACACCAUCCUGGGCAGAGAGGAGUUUGACCCUGAUGUGAGAACACUGCAGUGUGUGAAGAGACAGGGAGAGGUAGCAGGGAGACAGGUCACUGUGGUGGACACUCCAGGAUGGACAGACUACGAUCACAUAUAUCUGAUAGACUCCUGUAACUUAAUCAAACAACAGAUUGUGCUCAGUGUGUCUCUGUGUCCUCCUGGACCACACGCAGUUCUCAUAGUUAUCCAUGAGAACACUGUAUUCAGUGAAGAUGAGAAAAUUGCCACAUCAAACCACCUCAAUCUUCUCGGUCAGGCAGUGUGGAAACACACUCUAGUUCUGUUCAUUCAGGAGACUCCUGCAGAAGAGAACGCCUUUGAAGUUAAAGGGAAAAUGCUCCAGUGGCUGGUAGAGAAAUGUGGAAACAGAUAUCACGUCCUCAACAUCAAGAACAAGGAUGGUACGCAAGUCACAGAGCUGCUGGAGAAGAUAGAAGAGAUGGUGGCAGGAAAUAACAGACAGCACUAUGAGAUGGAGAGACAGAGAGUGGAGGAGCUGAAGGACAGGAGGAGGGAAGAAGAAGAAGAGAGAGAACAAGAGAGAAGGAUGAAGAGACAGAGGGAGAGAGAAUCCUUCAGGUCAUCAAGCGAAAUCCAGUUUCAACCAGACAUCGGCAUUGUCCUGCUGGGAUGUAAAGGGGCUGGAAAGAGCUCAUUAGGAAACACUCUCCUGGGCAGAGAGGAGUUCCAGCCUGGACAGAGAUCUGCUGUUUGUGUGAAGCGACAGGGAGAAGUAGCAGGCAGACAGGUCACUGUGGUGGAGGCUCCGGGAUGGUGGAACUUCUACCCUGUAAUGUCCAGCUCUGAAAUGACCAGAAAUGAGAUUGCGCUCUCUCAGGGUUUGUGUGGUGAAGGUCCACACUGUUUCUUUGUGGUGUUGCGAGCAGACGCCUCUUUUACAAAAGCACACAGGGUAUCAGCUGAGCAGCAUGUUAAUCUUCUCAGUGAGAGAGUGUGGAGCCACACUAUGGUGCUGUUCACCCAUGGAGACUGGCUAGGAGACACAACCAUUGAACAGCACAUUGAGAGUGAAGGAGAAGACCUGAAAUGGCUUCUUGAGAAAUGUAAAAACCGAUAUCAUGUCCUCAACAAUCACAAGAACGAUGAUGCAGAUCAGGUCAAGGAGCUUCUGGAGAAAAUAGAAGAAACUACUGCUGGACUGCUUCAGAUGGACAGGGAUAUAGUAGAGAAAGUCUCACGCUGGAGGACGGCUGUGGAUUUGAGAGCUGAAGAGAGAGUGAAGAGACAGAAAGAGCGUAUCGGACCUUUCUCUGGGAUAAAACAGCUACCAUCACUGAGGAUUGUUCUUUUGGGUACAAAGUACCAGGGAAAGACCUCGGCAGGAAACACCAUCUUUGGCAGACACAAGUUUGAGCUGAGAAGAACAGCAGCAUGUGUGAAGAGACGGGGAGAAGUAGCAGGCAGACAGGUCAGUGUGGUCGAUGUUCCGGGAUGGUGGAGAAGUACAUUGCUGAAGGACUCCCCAGAGCUGAUCAAACAGGAGAUUGUGCUCAGUGUGUCUCUGUGUCCUCCAGGACCACAUGCUAUCCUUCUGGUCAUAUGUGUGGACAUUUCCUUCACUGAAAAAGACAGGACCAUUGUUCAGGAACACUUGGAGCUUCUCGGUGAGAGAGUGUGGAGUCACACCAUGGUACUGUUCACCUUUGGAAACUGGCUGGGAGACACAACCAUUGAACAGUACAUUGAGAGUGAAGGAGAGAGCCUGCAAUGGAUCAUUGAGAAAUGUGGGAACAGAUAUCACAUUUUUGACAAUGAUAAACUGGAUGACAGCAUUCAGCGUACACAGCUGCUUGAGAAGAUUGAAGAGAUGGUGGCAGGAAAUGGCGGAUGUCCCUUUGAGGUUGACAAAACUAUUCUACAGGAAGUGGAGAAGAAGAGGAGUCACCUUGAUACAAGAGUGGAUCACAGAGAGACACAAUCUUUCAAACAGGAGGCUACAUUUAAAUUUGUAAUGGGUGAAAUUCAGCCUCUCUCGGAGAUCAGCAUCGUGCACCUGCAUUAUGCUGAAAAAUCAGCACAACUCACACAGCUCAACAGAGAAGACUUCCUAUCAGGUGUAACGCUUCAGUGUGAGACCAAACAGUGGAACAGGGAAGGUCGAGAGGUCGCUACAGUUGAUGUUGAGUUGUUGCCGAGUACAAACACUCUAGAACAAACUAAAGGAGAGUUUGUAUCUAGCCUGUCAAACCCACACGCCUUUGUGCUGGAUGUCUCCAUUGAUUUUAACUUUACAGAGAAAAGAAAAAUGGAAUUCAAGACUCACUUUGAGCUGUUGGGGAACAGAGUCUGGGAUCGAGCCAUAGUGGGGUUUCAGUCCUCUCGUAACCUGUUGGACGACUGGAGCAUUGAGAAGCACAUUGAGAGUGAAGGAGAGGCCCUGCAGUGGCUGGUUGAGAAAUGUGGGAACAGGUAUAUUCUCUGGACAGGUGAGGAGAGCUGGUCUCAUCUGCUGAAGAAGAUUGAUGAGUUAGUGGCUCUCAAUGGAGGAGGCCAUUUCCAGUAUGAUGAAGAAAAGACAAAUGAGACCAAAGCAGCAGACUGGAAGAUGGAGGUGCAGCAGCUGGAGGAACUGAAGGAGGAGAAUGAGCUGGCAAACAGCAUAGAGAUUCCCCCUAAUAUGGGUGGAGAUAAAAGGUCUGAAAUAACCUCAGUAACAUCAGCCUACCACACACACAUCUCGGACACAGCAUCUGAAGUCUCCUCAGAACGAGACUCUGUGAUGUCAGCAGCUACCAGCUCUGGGAUUGGUUCACUAACAACGUCUGGAAGACAGGAAGGAUGGAGGGAUCAUAAGAGACCAGCGGUGGAGGAGGACGCCAGCAGCUCAGAACAGAGGGAGAGUCCAGAAGAGACCAACACGGGGGAACUGGCCUCAUGACACUUAGAACUUAGAACUUAGAACUUAGAACUUAGAACAGAGCGAUCAGGAGGAUCAGCAGCUCAGAAGAGGGGGAGAGUCCAGAAGACGAAGGGAGGAGGGAAGCUACUGAAAAUAUUAGAUCUCACUCACACACACACACACACACACACACACACACACACACACACACACACACACACACACACACACACACACACACACACACACACACACCACCCCCUCUAUCUGAAUGAAAAUGCAACAAUGAAACAAUGUACCAAUAUUUUCAUCCCAUAGUCCUGAUAUUUUAUGAUAAAAUGUUUUUGAAGAGAGAAAAGACAUAUUUUUCUUUCCAUUUGUACCUGUUGAUU